UUUCUUUUUCUUUUCAUCAUUCUGUGACUCCACUCACACUUCCAGAGCACAGUUGCAGCGCUUUUUUUGUCUUUUCUUUGGUUCUGUUUUGCGGCAUUAACAAAAUGGCAAUGGCAAUGGCAGCAAUUGCUUCUUCUCUCGGCGUGGGUCUCCGUCCUCUUUCUCUGUCUUCUCCCUCCUCAGCACUGUUCCAGUCCCGCCACUCCUUCACUAUAACAACCACAACACCCAAGUGCUGCCUCGCACCAAAACAAGACUCACCCCUGGAACUGGAACUAGUGAAAUCAACACAGAACACCCAAAUCAUCUUACACUCUUUCUCUCCAUUCCCAUUGCUCUGCGCCGCUGCUCUCUUACCCGGAAGUGAAGCGGUAACAUCUGUGUUUGGGCCUUUCGUUGAGCUCGUCAAGUCGUGGAAUCUCCCAGACUGGCUCGUCCAUUGGGGCCACCCUGGCAACAUGGCCGUUGUGCUCUUUGCCAUGGGUGGCUACGGUACCUAUCUGGGUUUUCGCAUUCGUUAUUCUGAUAAUCUGGAGGAAAAGGCUAAGGCCAAGGAUUUGCAUCCCAAGCUUUUAGCUGGUAUGUUUUUCUUCUUUGCUCUUGGAGCUACUGGUGGAGUUACAGCUCUACUCACUUCGGAUAAACCCAUUUUUGAGAGUCCUCACGCUGUUACAGGAGUCAUUGGUCUUGCUUUGUUGACAAUACAAACUAUACUGCCUACACUCUUUGAGGGAAAUCCUGGACUAAGGAAUGUUCAUGGUAUCCUGGGUAGUGGUAUCAUGACACUUUUUCUUGUUCAUUUUGCCCUUGGACUUCAACUAGGCUUCAGUUACUAAUUACAGCUUCCAUUUGAACUCUUGUUAUGUUGAGGUUAUUGUAUUUUAGUCAUGGUGUACAUUCUUUCCUGCACUGGUUCUUAGCUCCAAUUCUCAACUCUGAUUACCAUGAUGUUAUGUUCUCCUCUAUCAUUUUGUUUUUAAAAGUAGUUCAGAUUGGUUACUUAUCCACACACUAUUAUGGGAAAAAAUGAGUAUAAUCUUGCUA